GAACGCACGUUUACGGACCAGCGGGAACAGACAGAUCAGCAGCAGCAGCAGCAGCGACGACGGGCGAAUGUCGGGCGAAUUUCUCGGCGUGCGAGGGAGAUGCGCGUGUCAGGAGACCGCGGGGAAAUGAGUAAUAAGGACAAGUCGACCGAGACGCGGGUCAUGAGUCGCACAAAAUGAGGAGAGUGUGCAACCCCACGGCGGACUGUCUCGAAGCCACGAGACGUCUGCACAAGAGCGUGACGGAGAUUGUCAGGAAAUUGGAUGAACAGAAGAAUCAAGCUCUGACAGUAAGCGAUAUAUUUGUCCCAUCUGGGGAAGUGCUACGUGUGCGACUUAAAGAUUACUGCGAGAGAUUGAUAUUGAAAGAUCCCAUUGGAAAUGUGCAUAAAAUAGAGGAGCUAUUAUGGAGGAAAGCCUUUUACGAUGUUGUUUAUGCAGCCAAAAAAUUAAGAAAGGGUAACAUUUGGAACGAUGCGGAAAAAGCAUUAUUGUCGGUUCAUUUGGCAGUGGGUGUAGGAUAUUAUCAUCAUCUGAUACUGAGAUUACAAAUAGAAUAUGAUUUAGACCUUGUCGGUGUUGUUGAUUUUGCGUUUAUUCAAAAUGAAAGUGUUUCGCCAUACGCAAGACCUAAGAUGGGACAAUUUAAAACUCAUACCAAGGAAGUCAAACAGUGCGUCAUGCGUUUGAUCCAUCGAAGCUUGGUAUGCCUUGGAGACCUGAGCAGGUACAAAUUAGAAUUAGAUUCAAAUUGGGAUCCAAUGAUAGCUAACAGAUAUUAUAAAAUGGCUAUAGCCAUUGAUCCAAAUAUCGGUAUGCCUUACAAUCAGCUUGGUACCAUAGCUGGCAGCAAAAAUUAUGGAUUAGAUGCCGUCUAUCAUUAUAUGAAAAGUGUUUUAUGUUCUGAGCCAUUUGAGGGAGCAGAAGGAAAUUUAAAGAGAACCAUAAUAACUUAUUCUCUUUGCACAGACGAAAACAAUUCUGUCCAGCAUUGUGUGACACGGUUAUUUUCUUUGUUACAUUUAUGGGAUUAUGAAAAUCCAAAUUCUGACAGAAUUAAUCAGGAAUGUCAGGCUCUCUUGACCGACAUGGAGAACUGUUUAAUAAUGGAACAAGUUGAACCGAAUAACGCAAAUUGCCUUGAAAAUAUGGAUAGUAUAGAGACAUAUCUUCAAAAUUGCAAGAACAGACCAACGCUUUAUUUAACAGACGACAUGGUGUUUAAGAUUGUGACAAUAUGCUUAAUGUCAAUUUCUAGAUUAAAGAGCAAGGAAUCUAGCGAGGUGCAGGGUGUCGUUGCCAUAACUCUGGCGAUACUAUCGCAAUUAUUGGAAUUUAUAAUAACGAGACUGCAAAACAUCGUUGUAGACAUGGCAGUGCCUGACGCAGAAGCUACUGCAAAGGCUAACAUGUAUUCCACAAAAUUGAAGAAUUCACAGGAAGGAAGUCAAGGAUCCUUCGAGCAAGAGAACCAUAGAAAUUCAAAGGAGGGAGGGGAUUCUGCGCUAAACAAUGACAAUAAUGCGUUCAAUUUAGAUGAGACAAACAGGACAAAGUUAUCGGAUAAUACUGAAGGUCCUAAGAGGGUUCGCGACAAGUCGAAGUAUCUUCUCAGCAAACUGCGCAGGCGAAAGAGGAGGACCAGCUCCGAUUCGGACACGAGCGACGUGGAGCAACCGACCCUGGUAUCGUCCAGCGACGAGAUCAACUCGGACAUGUCCGAGACGGAGGGAAACGACGUCCUGAGCGAGGGAAAUACCGUAUUAUCGGACGACAACACCGAUGACGAAGAGUCGUCGUCGCCGGCGAAGAAAAUCCAGACCAGCGAAGAUGUGACGGAGAAGAAGGGGAUGAACGGCCACGCUGAAGAAGCUGAUCCUUUAGCCAACGGCAAGCAGGACUCGCAGACCACGAGCGAGAAGGACUCCCUGACGAAUUCCAACAGCGUUCUGACGAUCACGACGAACGCGAGCUCGACCAGCGCUUUUGAGGAGGAGAACAAUCGCUCGGGCGCGAACAUCGACGCUGUCUGUUUGAAGCGGAGCUUAAAGCCAGACGACGUCCUGAACAUCCUGGUAGGUAAGGAGAUGCUGAUGUCUAUUAAGGUCUGCUGCGACUGGCUGCGAAGCAACCCAGACAUCGUGAGGAUAUGCGCCAAGAGGACGUUGCUGAAGCGUCUCACGAUCCUGUUGAACCUGAUCAGCGUGGACACGGAGGCUCUCACGCGCAGGAGCGACGAUUUUACGAUCCUGUCGAGCCAGGAGAGGUUGAAGGAGUGCGCGAGAACGGUGCCUCUGCCGGAGGACAUCGAGCUUCGUGGGCUGAGUCUGCUGGAGGACGCGCACAAGUCUCUCGACUGGCAGAUACUACGCAAGAAUAAACUGAACAAGCGGGAGGAGACGCUUUUAAGAGCAUUGAAGCUGAUCGAGUUCGGGCAUCAUCUUAGUUCGGUCGAGAACUCGGGCGUCCAAUACGAUGGGACCGAGCGAGUGUUUGUGGCGACGGACUCCUGCUCCUCGAACACCCCGAAAGUCAUCGGUCUGGACGAGAAGAACUUCGGGGCCGACCACUCGAAGGGGAAGCUGAUGAGACACAUGGGCAAGUUGUGGCUGAAGGCGGAGGUGCGGGCUCUGGAGAGCCAGCUGCGGUCUCGACUGAUGUCGCCGUACCUUGUUCAUCACGAGGCCCUAGCCAAGCAUACGCCGGCCCUCAAGCGGCUGGUGUACGCGAGGAAGUUCAUAGUAGUGAUCCCCGCAGUGGUUGUCUCCGCUUUGGACGAGGUGAAACGCGUGAGUGCUCAGGCGAGGGAGGCGACGCGCUGGCUGGAAACGCAGUUCAGACGCGGCUCGAGAUUCCUGCGGGCUCAGAGACCCCACGAACGUUUAGCGCUCCCGUUGAUCAAAGGACCGAGGCCGAAGGACAAGGAGGCGUGGCUGUUUUUCCAGAUAAUAGAAUGCUGUCACUAUCUUACCCAGCAGGCGAAGGUCGGUUUGAGCGGUGACGGAGAGGCUCCUGUCGUGACCCUCCUGACUGGUUGCAAUCCGGAUGAGAGAAGAGCUCUGACUUUUAGUCCAGAUGGAUUAGCAAAAAGUGCAGGUGUUAAUCUGGAGCAUAUAGAAUCGUUUCAAACAAAGUGGAAGUCGUCGAUUAAAAGCCAUGGUUGAGCAAGAAAGAAGUCAUUUGUACACGUGAUCAUCCGCUGCUAUUCUCAACCGAUUCUCAGCCAGAUCAAAAGGCGAGAACACAGAUGGCAAAAGAGGGUUGGAAACCCGCGCAUGCAAAAUACGGAAAAUUGACAGAAUUGUGAGUCGCCGGUGUAAAAAAAAUCGGUGUCGACUAGAAAUGUCCUUUUCCGUUACACGCAGGAAAAACUCUUAAGUAAUAAGAAACUAUGUUUUUUUUCUCUUUCUAACCAUUCAUAUCGCCAUUUAUGUUUAAAGGAAUUGUAUUUUUAAGUAAACGUUUUUAAAUAAUUAGA